AUGACAUGUUUCUUGUUCUUUUGUCUGUUAAAACGCGGAUGUUGGUCAUUUCUUAAAGGGGGAUUUGAGCUCGACUCACCUUCAUCGUACACUCUCCUAUACUUCCAAAAUUCAGAUGGCAGGGAUAUGAACAUUUCUGUUUCUAGUGCUUCAUUGCAACCAUUCACUAGAGACCAAUGGAGAACAAAUCAGCAAUACAUAAUCAACAGUGAAAGGAAGCGCGCUGUGAUGAUACAUGUAUCAGAUUCAAAGGGAAAGAAGCUGCAAGGAGUAUCCAUUGUUUUAGAGCAAAUUUCCAGGGACUUUCCAUUUGGAUCAGCUAUAACAAAGACAAUUCUGGGUAAUUUGCCUUACCAGCAAUGGUUUAUCAAGAGGUUCAAUACUGCAGUGUUUGAAGAUGAACUCAAGUGGUACUCCACAGAGCCUCAGCCAGGGAAGAUCAACUACACAAUACCAGAAAAAAUGAUGGAUUUUGUGAGAGCAAAUCAAAUUUCUGCCAGGGGACAUAACAUCUUCUGGGAAAACCCAAUCUUUGUUCCUUCAUGGGUUCUCAAUUUAACAGACCCUGAACUAUCUGCAGCAGUCCAGUCUAGGAUACAGACUCUGAUGGACAACUUCAAGAAUGAAUUCAUCCAUUGGGACGUCGACAAUGAAAUGCUUCACUACAAUUUCUACGAGGAGAGACUCGGCCCCAACGCCAGCCUGGAAUUCUUCCAGACAGUGCAGGGAGCAGACCCUCUUGCCAAACUAUUCGUCAAUGACUAUAAUGUUGUUGAAAGUUGUCAUGACAUGAACUCAUCAGUCGAGGCUUAUAUCGCGAAACUAAGUGAGCUCCAACAAGGUGGAGUCACCAUGGCCGGAAUUGGACUUGAAGGCCACUUCACUGUACCAAACCCUCCCCUCAUUAGAGCUGCAUUAGACAAACUGGCAACUCUAAACAUCCCUAUUUGGCUUACAGAAGUUGAUAUCAGUAAAACCCUGGAUGAACAAACUCAGGCUAAGUAUUUAGAACUAGUGUUGAGAGAAGGAUUUUCUCAUCCCGCCAUCAAUGGGAUCUUGCUCUGGACUGCCCUACAUCCUUAUGGAUGUUACCGGAUGUGCCUAACGGAUCAAGAUUUCCGAAACCUCCCUGCCGGAGACGUAGUGGAUGAACUCUUGAAAGAAUGGCAAACUGAAAAAAUGGAGGGCCAAAUAGAUACUCAUGGAAGUUUCAGCUUUUAUGGGUUUCUAGGUGAAUAUAAGCUCACUGUCAAUUAUGGGAACACAACUGCCAAUUCUACAUUCUCACUCUGCCGGGCCGAUGAAACCAGGCAUUUGUAUAUAUCAUUACAGAAUUGACAAAAACAAAAAAAGAUGACACAAAGAAAAAACAUAGGAAAUCUUUCUUUAAUUUCUCGCAUUAUCCGACCCACCGCACCAGACAACAUUAAUAUUAAAAGCAUGCUUGCAAUUUCCGCAAAGGCAGCCCAAAUGUUUUCUAAAGAUGUUGCCAACCCACUAAAUCUCUAGUCUGUCUGUCGUCUUUAACAAAGAAAGCUUUUUUUUUUUUUUUGAGGAGCAAGCUUGACAUUCACAAAAUACUG